CAAGAGGCUUUUUCGCGAGCGAUAGAGAAAGAGAGAGAAAAAGUGUUUACUAACAUUCAGCGCUAGAACGUGUUGGGCGAGAUCGUUUUAUUACGCGAGCACACAGACCACGCUUGAUACAGUUGUAUUAUUAUCCGCGCACGGCGAAAAUUCUUGAUCGAGUGAAUUAAAUUACGGCGUUUGAUCGGCACUGACCUGAACCUGCAACGUGUUGGCCUGACCACAGCCACUUGACUGCCUGAGCUCUUCCCCACGGUAAUCGCUAACGUCCCCAUCAUGGUGACCACGACGACCAAGACGCUCAACUACUCCAUCAUCCGCGGCAACCACACCAACUCCGUCAACGCCACCAUCACCAGCACGCCCGGCUUCAAUGUCAACUACUUUGGCAAGAUCCCCGGGAUCCUCAAGCUGGUCGAGCUGAUGAUGGUGAUUGUGGCGCUGGCACUGGUGGCCAGUUUGCGGGAGGACCGGCAGCUGACCAGCGGCCUGAACGGCACGGACUACCUGUCGUAUCCGCGCGAGAUGUUCCUGUCGGGGGAAGUAUACUUCCUGUGCGCGCAGACGCUGGCCUUGGGUGUGCUGACGAUGGUGCUGCUGACGUACGCCUUCCACACCGUCUCCAGCAUGAUCAUCCCCAAGGCCACCGCCCUGGAGAACACCUUCAACAUGACCCUGGCCAUUCUACUCCUCAUCGCCGGUAUCGUCGAGAUCGUCCAGACCGAACAGUGGAAGAUCAGCCAGACCCGCCAAAUCUUUCUCUUUACCGACCAACAGUACGGAAAGCACCUGGCCGCCGGGAUCAUCUCGCUGGUGACCGGUGUGUGCUUCCUGGCCAGCUUCGCGCUAUCCCAACGAGAACUGCAAGGCCCCAAGCCCGUGUAAAGCGACCGGGAUUUCCGGGAUCCUGAUAACCCGGAUCCGGCUGAUAAUGCUUGGCCGGCGUCGUCCACUGGUCCUUGUUAAUAUAUACCUUUCGUCCACUCUGAGCAAACCAAAAUUCCGUCACGCAUGUUUCCCCGCUUCCUUGUCCUCAUGAUCUGCAUCGAUUUCACAGAAUUUUGUGAUCACCAAAGUUACUACUGAUCGGAGAGAAUAAUAUGUGCAUACCCAGGCAUUAAUUGUGUUCGUACUUUCUCCCAUAUUAAUCACUGUUUUGUUUUGGAACCAUAAACACAGUUUGAAAUGUUUCCCAUUUUGUCAGUUAUUGCAAUAUUAUUUCUUAUUACUGGUACUAGUAUAGCCGCAGCGUAUCUGUACUUACUGUUUGUAAGCUGGAUCUGUCUAGUACCUAGGCGCGCUUUCUUGUUCAUCCUGGUUCAGCUGAACCUGAUUCACCCACGAAAUUAAAAUGUAU